CGUUCCGACCGCGCGCUCAGAACUCAAAACCACUCAGAACCGUGGUAACAUUGUCGAAGCGCGGUCGCAAUCGGGAAAAAAUCCUCAUCGUAUCCUUACGUUUUAACCGCGAUUUUAAAACCAACCUUAUUUUUUGAAAAUACCAUAACGCGAAAGUGAUGUAGCCACUUGCAACUGUUCAAGUUGAGUUUCUCUUAAUGUGACACGAAAAGGAUUUUACAAAAGGAGAAGAAUUUCUUAGAAAACCAGACCAACAUGUGCAGUUUAUAGAUAAUGGAAACAAAGACGUCAACAUUUCCAAAAUCGAUAUCGGAAGCAAGAAACGGUGGAAGUAGACCGGUGAGUUUCUACGAUAACUAUAGCCGUGAAAAUGGAUACAACGGAAACAAUAACACAGGAUCUUUGGAACGAUCGAAAUCACGUUCGCUUCAAAAUACGUCUUCUCACCUUCAAAUCCACAAAGAGAUAACGUUCCUGGAGGAAAGAAAUCCCACUCAAAUGAUGUGUUUAAACACGACGGUACCGCAAAAUAUCGCCGGGCCAAACUUUUCCGGUCGACAUACACCUACAAGAAAUAGUUUGAGACAUAGUCGAAUGAUUGUCUUGAGCAGAAUGGGAAAAGUACCGAAGAAGUCCUUACCGCCCAUCAUUCGUUUUCACAAAUUAGCCAAAGGUUUGGCAGCUCUCCAUACCCUUUUAGGUGUAGCCUUAUGUUUUUUAUCUUUGUGGUUAUUUGUUUGGACUCCUAAUUUAAAAGCGAGGGAUAAUUGUUUUUGGAGUGCUUUACCGCUUUUAUGUUCCGGCGUAGCGGGACUCCUGUUAUUAUACUGUUGCAGGAAAGAAUAUCCUGGUAUGCCCGGUGGUAACUGCGUAUAUUCUUCGAAGGUUUUAAGUAUUUUUUUGAGCACACUAGCUAGCGUAACAUGUUUAACGGCGUGUACUUUCGCUCUGAUUCAUUUAAUUUCAUUAUCAGCAAUGAAUUGCGAAUCGCCUACGCUUCUUUCGAACGUAACCUGCGUUUGUAAAUUAUCGAAUAAAGACACAUUUAUUCCGAUUAAAAGUUACCAUUAUAAGGAUCUAUCAUGUGCGGAAGUGAGUAACGUUUUAACAAUUUUAUUGAUAUUCUCUGCUGCGACGAAUUUGAUAGGGGGCGUUGUGGCCGUUUGGUAUGUUUAUCUUUUUUGGUCGAGCAGAUAUUCUUACACAUACAGUAAAGUAUGUACGAAAGAGAAUACUCCCGUCGUGUAUAUUAAUAGUUAAAACUAAUUUUUAAUCUAAUCUUAAUGUGUUCUUUUUUUAAAUUUUUGUAUAUAAAGAAUAACGAGCGUGUGUGGCCCAAGAUGAUAAUUUUUGUGUUAUGUUACCUUUUAUGAAGAGAUUUUUGUCGAUGUACUUACUUCCAGUAUUGAAUUUAAAUUUAUAUUUAAUUUGAUUUGAAUGGAAAUUUAUUGUAUUCUAGUGUUUUAUAAAUACGUGUAUUAAUUUUUAAGAAGAAUGUUUGUCAAAAAGUACCUGUAUUUCUAUUAAUAAUAAAAUUACCUUUUUUACAUCAGAAA